AUGCAGCACCGAAAACCCAAUAAAUCUCCACACCCACCCCUCCCAUUCUCUUCACCCACCGGCAGCAAUCCCAAACAGUUUCAGAGAUUGAAGUCCAUUUUCAUCUCCAUGGCCUCCCUCACCCUCCUCUCCCUCCUCGUAUUCUUCGCCGCCGCCUCCGCCGCGCGCCGCCACAAUCCCCCUUACUCCGAAAACCCCCCCAAUUCCGGCCACAACAUCGUCGCCGAGGUUUGCAGGGCCUCGCGCGACUCCGCCAGAUGUCAGGCCACGCUGUCGCAGCCCGGCUACACGCCGCCGGACGCCUCCGUCCAGCAGGCGAUCCAGUCCGCCCUCUGGGUCAUCUCCCAGAACCUGAAUUUGGGUCGGGGGAUGGUCCGCGACAUCCUGGACGCGUCCUCUGGGAAUCUCAACCGCUCGAACGCCGCUAAAAACUGCCUGGAGCUGCUGCGCUACUCGGAGUACAGGCUGAAUUUGACGGGGGAAGCCCUGCCGCGUGGCGACCUCAAGGACGCGCGCGCGUGGCUGAGCGCGGCCCUGGUUUACCAAUACGAUUCCUGGUCCGCCCUCAAGUACGUGAACGACACGGCCCAGGUGGGCCUGACCAUGGCCUUCUUGGACUCGGCCCUGAUCGGCACCACCAGUGAUGCAUUGGCCAUGAUUGUGAACUAUGAUGUUUUUGGGGACAAGAUUGGUUCGUGGGGCCCAGUCAAGACCGAGCGGGACGGGUUCUGGGAGCCCGUGUCCGGAUCAAGCUCAUCCUCAGGGCCCGGGUUAGUGCCAACAGGCCUGCAGCCAAACGUGACAGUGUGCAAGGAGGGUAGCGGUUGUGAUUUCGGGACGAUUCAAGAGGCUGUCAAUGCUGGCCCGGACAAUGCUGAAAACGGCAAGAGAUUCGUGAUACAGAUCAAGGCCGGUGUUUACGAGGAGAUAGUGAGGGUGCCACUGGAGAAAAAGAAUGUGGUGAUGUUGGGUGAUGGGAUAGGCAAAACGAUCAUUACUGGGUCCAUGAAUGUCGGGCAGCAGGGCGUGACCACCUACAAUUCGGCCACUGUGGCUGUGGUUGGGGACAGGUUCAUGGCCAGCGGCCUCACGAUCCAAAACACAGCGGGACCCGAUGCGCACCAGGCGGUGGCCUUCCGCUCGGACAGCGAUUUUUCCAUCAUACAAGAUUGCGAGUUCCUUGGCAACCAAGACACCCUUUACGCCCACAGCCUUCGCCAGUACUACCGCUCGUGCCGCAUCCAAGGCAACGUCGACUUCAUCUUCGGCAACUCGGCCUCGUUUUUCCAGGACUGCCAAGUCUUCGUGGCCCCACGUCAGCAGAAUCCCGAAAAGGGCGAGAAAAACGCGGUCACCGCUCACGGAAGGAUAGACCCGGGCCAGUCGACGGGCUUUGUGUUCCAAAAUUGCGUGAUUAAUGGCACGGAAGAGUAUAUGGGUUUGUAUCAUAAGAAGCCUAGCGCGCACAGGAAUUUCUUGGGUCGGCCGUGGAAGGAGUAUUCGAGGACAGUUUUCAUCGGUUGUGUGUUGGAAGCUCUGAUUGCGCCCGAAGGGUGGAUGCCGUGGAGUGGAGAUUUUGCGUUGAGCACUUUGUAUUAUGGGGAAUUGGGGAAUACGGGAACCGGGUCGAAUGUCUCGGGCCGGGUGAGUUGGAGCAGCCGUAUCCCGGCUGAGCAUGUUGCGUCGUAUUCUGUUGGGAAUUUCAUUCAGGGGGACCGGUGGUUUAGUCCGGCGUCCAUGGCAAUGGCAUGA